AUGUCCCUGUUUGGUUCCUUGAUGGCCGACGUGGAGGAUGAUCCGUUUUUCGGAUCACACAUGAGACACAUGAGGCAGAUGAACAAUAUGAUGAACUUGCUGUUCUCGGAUCCAUUCAGCAUGAUGGGCGGAGGCAGAGCAUUAGCUCUCUCUGGCCCUCAGCAUAACAACUCCCUGAUGCCUUUCAUGCCUCAGAUGCCGUCUUUAAAUAGACUUUUCUCUGCCGACCUGGACGGGCAAAUGAGCGCUGGUAGCUCGUUCAGCAGCAGCACCAUAGUGAUGUCCAGCGGGCCGAACGGAAAGCCGCAGGUGUUCAGCUCGUCCAGCAGCACGAAGAUCGGGCCGAACGGAGUGAAGGAGACACGCAAGACCCUCCAGGACACGCGCACCGGCACCAAGAAGAUGUCCAUAGGUCACCAUAUCGGCGAGAGGGCCCACCUGAUCGAGCGCGAGCAGAACUACUACUCGGGCGAGGCUGAGGAGAGGCAGGAGUUCAUCAACAUCGAGGAGGAGGAGGCUGAAGACUUUGACAGGGAGUUCCAGACGAAGGCGGGCGCCGCGCAGCGCGCGAGGCAGCAGCGCGCCGCCCUGGCGGGGCUCCGCGCCCCCUCCCCGCCGCCCGCCCACCAACGGCUCGCGCUCCCCGCGCCCCCCUCGCCGCACGCGCCCCACGCGCACGCCUCCAGCAACGCCACCCCGGGAGUCGAACGAGCGCGCGGCCACCGGCCGACCGCGAGGCGACCCCUGCGCUCCCCCGCCAGCCCCCUCGCAGCGCCCCGCAGCUCGAGCGUGCGCGACGUGUACGGAGGGCCGCACCCGCAGAGCCACCGCCACAGGCAGCCCAAGCCCGCGCACCGCCACUCGGGCCACGGCAAC